AUGACUACUAUUAGCGAUUGCUACAUCCAAUGUUCUGGUUCUUUCAGCCGUCUGAUCAAGAGCCUCGGUACGUCAGCUGGAGAUAUCAAUGAACGAAUACCACUCAAAGGUAUCGUGAAUGAGUACUCACGCUUCGAUGUAUGGGCUGGGAGUGUCGGGGCAAAACAUGUCCCCCACAAGCGAAUCUCACUUGACUAUCGUCUCAGAGAUUCCAGCUUUUAUGCUGCCCGAGUUGUAGAUAUACUGCAGCGCCUUAAUAGUACUCUAAACACUGCCGAAGAUCUCAUAGUUGGCAACCGGCCAUUGGCCGAAGCUGCUCAAGCUGCUCAGCCCAAGCUUGACCGACAAGGAGACAAUGACUCAGACCGAUUGUCUAUAACUUCCUCAGCCGAGAGCUCUAGUUCUGACGAAGCCGAUAUGUUGACUCCCGAGCGUCAGACUGCUGCAUUAUACGAGUCGAUCACAAACUCAGUGAGGCAUUUGUACUCGCUCGCGAUGGUCAUCAGACAACCAGUAGCAACAGACAGAGUAUCCCGAGCGUCCAAGAUCACAGUGGAUCAUUUCAUUUCGGUCGAUCAACGCCAUGUCGACGAAUGCUUUCCCGAUGCUUCCCCAGUGCUGAAGAAACGGCUUGCUAAGGCAAUUACACGUCGCCGUCAGUUGCUCAUAUACAACGAGCAACACUUCCGGAAGUCUUCAGAGCCACAGCCGUCAGAAGAGACGACAUCGACAGUCCAUAUCGCUCAAGAUGAGCCCAGGGAAAAAGUUGAACAGGACAUGCCACUCCUUCCGGUUGCCUCCGAUCCCAUAAAGCCUCUGGUCAGAGAUACACCAAGCUAUGCCCCUACCAUCUCCAAAGGAAGUCUACUGGCGAGUACCGAAGCGACCAAAUUCAUUCCCCCAGUCGAUAUGAGAGAGGAACCAGAUGUUCAGUCAGAAUCCGGAACUAUUACGACGUUUGGAUUCACUGGUAAGGAUAGAGCAGGACUCCGAGUACCUCCUCGCCCGCAGGAUAACAACGGUGAAGCUCUCGAGCAGUUCCUCUGUCCCCUCUGCUACCAUCUGAUUGAAGUGAAGGGCGAAAGAGCAUGGACGAGACACGUGUUCCGUGAUCUUCAAGCAUAUGUGUGCACUUUCGAUAACUGCGAAACGCCUGAUAUGCUGUUCGAAACCCGUCAGGACUGGCUGAGACACGAGCUCGAGAACCACCGAAGAGAAUGGCACUGCAAUGACCCGAAACACAAACCCCACAACAGUGAGACAGACUUCAUUGAACAUAUGAAAACCCUCCAUGAACUACAACUUCCGGAUCCCCAGCUUUUCUCUCUUGCCAAGUUGUGUAAACGAUCUAGCUCGGCAGACACUGUAAUUUGUCCUCUAUGCACAGAUGGACGCCAUGACAUUGUAAAUGGAUUCGAGUGCUACAAACCCUCGUCGAUCAUACGACAGAUUGUUGAUUAUACUUGUCCAGAAUCGUUUGACAGUGGGACGUCAGAUAUAGCCAAGCUCCCUGAAAGAGACUUCAACGAGACCACAGAUAGCAUCUUCAGAAAGGUGACUCCCUGGCUAGUUUCGCUGCCGAACGACUUUGCAACGGAUGGCAAUCCAACCGCAGAUUCCACCGAAAAGCCCCACCAAGCUCAUCCUACCAUAGGACAAAGAGGACCUUGUUUAAUCCUUUCCAGUGACUUGAAACGGCACAUCGGUCAGCACUUGGAGCGGCUAGCCUUGUUUGCACUCAAUAGAUCCAAGUUGAUCCCCGAUGAUGGAAACUCAGCUCAUACGGAAGAUGCAGUCGCAAGGUCUGUGACAAGCUUCGAGUCAUUGCAGUCUGUCAACAGUGCGGAAAGUUAUGGACAUCCGGGCCAUAUCCAGGAAGCAGCCAAUUUCGCAUCAAAGAUGAAUAUCACACUUGUUGACUUGGCGAUAUAUGCGGCUCAGUACCACAAGCAGAUGUUGAACCAUGUCGAACUUGAAGAAACCCAAUGCCUUAUUGAAGAGACACUUAUCGAGAGUGUGUUCGAAGAUCAAGGGCCUACAAGCCACGCUUCGAUCAGCAAUCCAUAUCUCUUCUCACCAGAGGGCAGCCUAGAAAGUAUUAUCACGAUGGGGUCAGUGCUUUCAGCCAUUUGCAACCCAGGCGAAACACCAAAAGGUAUUGACCCCGAGUCUUUCAAGUACACAGUCAUUUACAUUGUAACAAUUGGUAAGAAGCUGUUUUCCAGUUUAGUUAUGAGCGGUCUGGAAGGGGGGGAAUUAUGGCAUGCCAUGGACUUUUUCAACAAAAACAACAUCUGCGAUAAAAACUUGCCACUUGGGCUUUCGGAUCUCGAAAAUUUGUCAAAUUAUCUGCGCGAGUUUGAUAGUCAAGACGAUACUAAAUCUACAGGCGCUGCUAAUCGUGGGACAACGCUGAGGAGAUGGCUGAGAGAGCAGGACAGACAGCGAAGGAGGUCGGAACUUAUUCACAAUUUUUAUAUCAAGUAUCAGUGGAGGUUUUGUGCACCUGUAUUUUCUACUGAAGAGACCCUUGAAGUGAGGCACCAAGAUGAAAAGUGUAUCCUCCCUUUCACAGAGAAGUGCACCAAGACAGACGAAGACUCCUAUGGACAGGCAAUCAAAUACAAGAUUCACCGGCGCCAUCUUGUGUCAAACAACAUGGCUCAGAAACCAGUUUACGUCAUUGUGAUACGUUUGUCUUUCGAGCCAAUGUGGCAGGAUGAACUGGGGAAGCUGAAAAGGAUUCAGGCACUAAACCCAAGGCACAUCGUCAAACUCAUUACUACAUUCCGUCGAGGGGAAACAGACUUUUAUUUUAUUUCUGAAGCAUCUGAUGGCGGGAACCUGAGAGACUUCUGGAAGUCAUUCCCACGAGUCUUGACUGCUAGUUUGGUAAGGUCUGUGAUUGAGCAGCUUUAUGGGUUAGUGCAUGCUUCUUUCGAAGUAGGCCUGACGACUGCACUCUUCGAGCGUAGUGCGACUGUCAGCAAUGAUGAUCUGAACCCUGAAAACAUCCUCUGGUUCAAGGAGGGGAGUGGAGCGGAUCAAAGAAUCGGCACCAUGAAGAGCUGUCAUCAGUCAUGGACUACCCAACUCGUAUCAAGAAAUUCCCUAUCAGCCAAACUAUAUAUACCACCUGAACAGGGAGUGGGUCUGUGGAACAUGAUGUUCCCUAGAGACGACAUAUGGGCGAUGGGAUGCAUUACGCUCGAAUUCAUGAUCUGGCUUUUGUACGGCUGUGAAGGUUUGGACAAAUUCCACCAACAUUUGGAGUCAGGAUCUCCCGAGCUGGACUCCAACAGGCACUUUUGGCAGUCCGGUACUAAUGGAAGUAAGAUUAACCCUGUUGUGCUAGGGUGGAUGGACCAUAUGGCUAAGGACCCCGUAUGCAGAGUAGGGGAGACCGCUCUGGGAGACCUCCUGAAGCUCACUAAGGAUCGUCUUUUCGUCGUCGACGUGGCCCCUCGGUGUAAUCCAAGGCCGAUAGACCUCAAAGCUGAAGAUAGUCCAAUUCUCAAAGGGCUCAGCAAUGAACAAGCCAUUGAUAAUACUAAACGGCUUCAGAAACCGACAGACGAGUCUGCAGUCACGAAGGUUCUUGAUCCCUGGAACAAAAACCGCGAGCUGAUUACAAAAUUAUACGUCCAGGAGAAUAAACGGAUUGAGGAAAUACAAGAGAUCAUGGAAACGGUUCACAACUUCGAGGCCUCAAAACGCAAGUAUCAACGACAACUUGACAAAUGGUUAUUUGGGAAAGGUUGUCUGAGUUUGAGCAGACGAGUAGUGGAGCAUCCGGACGCAAGGCUCUGGCAGUCGGAAUCAAUCAAGCAACAUCGCGCACGGCCGAAGGAAGUUUGCGACUGGAUGAAUCUUAUUCUAUCUGGGGCCAAAGGUGAGAGCUACUGGCUCCCAUGCCCUCCUCUACCGCCCCCAGAUGCAAUCUAA